AUGGCGACGCACCAGCGAAUCGUAGACGAUUCGUACAAAACCCCUAUACAGACUCAUUUGAACUACAAGGACAAGACCGCCGUAGUGACUGGUGGUGCCAGAGGAAUUGGCCUUGCCUUGGCUCGCCAGGUAGCAGAAUUGGGAGGCAAUGUUGCAGUACUAGACUACCUUUCACAGCCUGAUGAUGAAUUUGAUGAAUUGGAGAAGACGUUUGGGAUCAAGGCGCGAUUUUACCAAACCGAUGUCACAAAGAAGGAGUCUCUAGAACAGUCGUUUGCUGAAGUGGUUGCGGAAUUUGGGCGGAUCGAUGGAUGUGUUACUGCGGCGGGUAUCGUCUACGACGCACCAUUCCUUGGAGAUAGCUGGGAGAACGUGAUCCGGGCGCAGAUGGUGAAUGUGGUAGGUACUUAUUUCAGCGCCCAGCUAGCUGCCCGGCAAAUGGAAGCCCAAGGUACCGGAGGCAGCAUCGUAAUGAUCGCGUCCAUUUGCGCUCAUCAAACGUUGCCGACACAGCAUGUGUCUUCAUACUCGGCUUCCAAAGGGGCUGUAAAGUCCCUUGGUCAUGCACUGGCCGUUGAGCUUGGACCGAAAAAUAUUCGAGUGAACACUAUAUCUCCUGGAUAUAUUUAUACAGCAAUGAUCGAAGGAGUCAUGGAGCGGUUCCCAUCGCUCGCGGCUCUCAUGAGAGACGAUCCGCCACUUGGGCGUAUAGGAAACCGGGCAGAUAUAAAAGGCGCAGUUGCAUAUUAUCUAAGUGAUGCAUCGUCAUAUGUAACUGGGAACGAUAUUCUUGUUACAGGAGGGCUGCAUGUUGGGCGUAGUAAUCCACCUACGAUGACGAAGUGA